AUGCAGGGCUUCAAUAUGGGACGAUAUGUCCCUCCUGAUCAGGAGGGAUUGAUGAGUGGAAACCAGCUACAUGGCAAACAUGCCCUCGGCGCGCGAGCAAACAAGAUCUCCCAAGGAAUCCUCACGGUCCGAUUUGAAGUCCCUUAUCCAAUCUGGUGUACAACAUGCCCAAAGCCUACGAUUAUCGGACAAGGUGUACGUUUCAAUGCCGAGAAGAAGAAAGUCGGCAAGUACUUUUCAACGCCUAUCUUCAGUUUUCGAAUGAAACAUGCAGCUUGCGGUGGAUGGAUUGAGAUUCGAACGGACCCAAAAAAUACAGCCUACGUUGUCACAGAAGGCGCGAGGAAGCGGGACUUAGGAGAAGAUAAAGUUGAAGAAGGGGAUGUGAAGAUUUUGUCUCACGAAGAGCGAGAGGCAAUCAGAGACAAUGCCUUUGCAUCUCUUGAAGGCAAGGUAGAUGACAAGAAGAAACUGGAGUACAGCAAAAAAAGGCUCGAAGAACUGCAGGAAUUAUCCGAGAAGCAAUGGGAAGACCCGUACGAACUGAACAAGAGGCUACGAGAUACAUUUCGAGUAGGCCGAAAGCAAAGAGAGAAGGAUGCAGGAGUUGCAGCUUCAAUACAGGACAAAAUGAGCCUCGGAAUCGAGCUGCUACCAGAACAUGAAGAUGAUAUGCGGAGAGCCCGGCUCAUCGAGUUUGGUGAGGUUAAUUCAGAUGCUGCUGUUGACAAAGCGAUAUCCAAGCCACUUUUCAAGCAUGAGGAAGCCAGACCCAAAUCCAAUUCCAAGAAAACAAGGGUUUCAAGAAAGCAGAAAGUCGAGAACCUCGCAAAACAGAGGACGGCAGCCUUUGCAGCCGAAAUACGAGGUAACACCAGAGCCGCGGUAGAUCCGUUUCUCGAAGGGUCUCGGUUGAUUGCGCCAAAGUCAACUCCUAUGUUGGCAGGUGUCAAAAGGAAGAGGCCAGUGCCAGAAGACACACUGUCGAACAAACCAGGAGCCAUUGGUUUGGUGGAUUACGACUCGGAUUGA